UAACAAUCCCUUCACAGUGGGGGAAGACAGCUGAGCUGGGAGGAGUUAAAUGCACCACAGUUCAGCUGCUCUCCUCCUCAGAUCAGAACACAUCAGGAGAGAGUCAGAAAGAAGCGAUGAAAGAAGACGGGAGAGACCAAAAGCUGCUUCCUGCCUGAUCCCAGUAAGGUGACAACCCUGUGGCAGUUUUAGUUCUGGGCACUGAAACCUGCAGGAGCGGUGUUGUCCUGCAGCGAGGAAGAGCUGCAAUGAGACACGGAGACUGAACCUUUGAACAAAAAAAAAGUCAUGGUGUUUUCACACCCUGAUUGGUCCUUCAGGUGUGAAGAUCUGCUAGCUCCCGACAUGUCCAUGUGGGCGAUCCUUCCUGUCAGCCUGCCGGUCUUCACCAUCACAGGAAUAUGGGUCGUAUAUGCAAUGGCCCUCUACAACCAGCAUGUCUGCCCUGUGCACAACUGGUUGUAUAACGACUCCUGUGAAGAACAGCUUCCAACACAAAGAGGACCUGAACUGUGUUGCACCCUAGACAACAUACCACUUAUCAGUAAAUGUGGAACUCUGCCACCUGAAAGCUGCUUCUUCAGCCUGAUAUGCAGCACAGGAGCAUUUAUGGUGGUGCUUAUAACCCUGCUGCGUUACGCUCACGUGAUUGAGAAGCACCAGAACUGCGUUCUGAACAUGGCCAGCCUCUCCACCGGGUGGAUCUGUGCUGUCGGUCUCACCAUGGUGGGGAACUUUCAGGUGGAUUUUGCUAAAGUCCUCCAUUAUGUAGGAGCUGGAGUUGCCUUCCCGUCCAGCCUGCUGUUUGUGUGUCUCCAAGCGGCUCUGACCUACAGACUGGCCAAAACCCAAGAGGAGUACCGGGUGGGUCACAUACGAGCGGGGAUGGCUCUGCUGGCACUGAUCACCCUGGUUCUCAGUGGAGUUUUCUUCUGCCAGGAGAGCUUUGCCCUGCAGCACACCUCUGCCAUCUUCGAAUGGGUCUACUGUAUGAUCGUCAUGCUCUUUUAUGGGACGUUUGCCUUUGAGUUUGGGGGCGUAUCGGCCGACACCUUCAUUAUUCUCUCCAGAGGAGGAGGAGGACUACCAAGCUUCUCCCUCCAGGCAAACAAGCCGGAGAUCAGCGGAGGGCCCGGCCACCACCAGGCAGAAAACCUGUCAAUUCUGUAG